GUUCUUGUGCGGAACGGCAGCAAAGUAUUUUUGCUCCGUUAUUCCCGUUAGACAAUGUUUAGUGUUAUUUUUAUUUUGAUAUUAUCGGCAUCGGGGUUUGUCUUCAGUCAAUCUGCAAGUAAUGGUGACAAUACACCGACCGAGUUGGACCAGCUGAAGACAAAGGUAGAGUUCCGAUCUCAGCCGCCGCCCGACCCGAGCGACCCGAGACUGAGGGCCCAAAUCGACGCGAAAACCGAAGAGAUUUUGCGAAAAAUCGCCCAAGUUAAUGAUGACCACGGUUUGGCGCCGAAAACCUCCAAUCGAUUCAGAUUUCGGUACCCUGUUCCGUAUCAGAGGUCCCAAUAUAAAAAACGGCGCUCCCAAAAUGUAGACUUGUUCAAGCACGUGCUCUCGAAUCCGAUUUUGGAGUACUUAAAAGCAGGACAGGAACAUUCCAAAGACGAGUCCUCGCCACGACUGAGAAGACCCGCCCAAAACGACCAACUCCAUCAGGAGGAAAACGUAGCUGGACAACAAAUCAAAAGAAAAGUCACGCACUAUCAGUUUCUUAUACCCGGAGCGAUGAGUCCGUUCGAGGUGCCUGCGGGAGAUGCGACAACAAACCAACAGGGUCGUCAAAAUUGGAACUGGCCCGGUGCAAAUUUUUUCCCGAUAUACAUCAGGGACCCGUUCCUUCAGAUGUAUUACGCGGUCACCAACAUGGUAGAGUACGGGCCCAACGCCGGGCAAGGUGGCCCCUGCAAACUGACACCGACCAGGAGAAACACCGCAGAGGCUGAAAAAACCGUUAGUUUCGAUACGAGAACGGACGACGCGGUUUUGGACAUGGACGACGUCAUCGCUGACGAUGACGACGACGAGUUUCGGGUCACCAUCAGAGAAAAGGACGUCGCAAGGGCGAGGGAAUCGCCUGAUGGGAUGCCAGACGCGAUACGUAACGUUAAGCAAUCGGUACUGUCGCCGCCAAUAAGGGAUCAAACGGUUUACGUGGACGAAACGGACGAGCAAGAUUUGGAGGAGGAGAAACAAAACAUAAACGUUUCGAACGAGGGUUCGAAGAAGGUCUUUAGUAAAGAUAACACCGGAAACGGGAUCUUCGUGCAUAGAAUUAGGGUGCGUCAAGGAGGAGUGGCGAUAGCGGGACCUGGGGGGAUAGCUAGCGCCGGUGACGGUGGCACUGCGAUCGUCGGACCCAACGGAGUCGCGUACACGACGAGAGAUGGCGUCGCUAUCGUCGGCAAAGGCACUAAAGUGGUAGGGGUGGACCACGAUGACUUGAUGGAUAUGAUUAGGAACUCUCUGAGGAACGGCACGAAACUAGAUAAGAAUAGGGUAGUUUCGGCAAUGGCUAACCCGAAUAAGGGUUAACGUAUCGGGGUUGUUUAUUUUACGUUGUACGUGGGGAGUGCCAAAGAUGAUUUUAUA